CGGGGUCAGGCUGGGAGCGGGCAGGCGGAGAGGGCAGGGAGCUGGGAUUUCGCGGGGCACAGUGAGGCCAGGCGUGUAGGCAGGUGGGACUUGGGUGUGCCUCGCUGUCUCCUGCUCUGUGUUGGUGUGAGGCAGCGCCUCCUCUGCCCUGCCAGGGACAAUGGCAUCUCUUGGCCACAUCUUGGUUUUCUGUGUGAGUCUCCUCACCAUGGCCAAGGCAGAAAGUCCAAAGGAGCAAGACCCAUUCACUUAUGACUACCAGUCCCUGCGGAUCGGAGGCCUCAUCAUCGCCGGGAUCCUCUUCAUCCUGGGCAUCCUCAUUGUGCUCAUCCCGCCCCUCACGAAGGCGAGGUGGAGCUACAGCGCCGCUUGGCGUCCGCCGGGAGGGAGCCUCAGCCUCUCCUGCUUCUCCACGCCCACAGGCAGAAGAUGCCGAUGCAAGUUCAACCAGCAGCAGAGGACUGGGGAACCCGAUGAAGAGGAGGGAACUUUCCGCAGCUCCAUCCGCCGUCUGUCCACCCGCAGGCGGUAGAAACACCUGGCGCGAUGGAAUCCGGCCAGGACUCCCCUGGCACCUGACGUCUCCCACGCUCCACCUGCGCGCCCACCGCCCCCUCCGCCGCCCCUUCCCCAGCCCUGCCCCCACAGACUCCCCCUGCCGCCCAGACUUCCAAUAAAACGUGCGUUCCUCUCGACA